GCGUCGAUACGAGCUCGUACGAGCGACGUACUGAUACGUGCGUUGCUUACUGUUUCUGUUUUUAGUGUUUGUGAAAACUGGUUAUGAGCAAUGACGUUGGUGUCGUCCCAGAUUUGAUCCCUCCUCGGGCUCCUGCUCACUCUCACUCUCAGUCACAGCUAGCUGGUGGUGGUACCGGUAAGGUGUCGAUGAGCGAGACUCGGCACCGUUGUCUGAUCUACCUCGACUGUACUGCAGCAGUCGUCUGUGCAUGAUCCCGGCGCCUGUGUAUUUUUUUUCAAAAUUAUUAUCAAACUCCGUUGAUUUUGAAAAUUGAAUGAAAAAGCUUGAAGCGAUCAGUGUUGAGCAGAAGUCAUGGAUGAGCCUGACGGAGCUGCUGCAUCCUCUCCCCACUUCGCCUUGAUGGAUGGUGUUGGUCCUGUGAAGCGACGUCGACCAAUGCAGUCUAGCGGUGAGAUUCGUCGCGUUGUGCGCGGCGGUUACGACGCUACGUUCGCUCUCUCGUCGGGCCCGGACGCGAAACACAUGUGUACGAUAUGUAGCAAGGUUCUGCGCCAGCCGAUGCAGACGAAAUGUGGCCACCGCGUAUGUGCAUCCUGCGUCAACCCUCUCAUGGGAGGUGGAACUUUCCUUUGCCCGGAUUCAGGAUGUGCCAGUGAGCUAAGCGAGGGGGAUCUCUUUCGGGACACGUUUGCCGAACGUGAAAUUCUUGCUUUGGAAGUCGUGUGUUCGGCGAUCACUGAUGGGUGCCAAUGGUCUGGGACGCUGAGAGAGCUAGAAGAUCAUCUGGAAGAAUGCCCGUACAUUCUAGUGCCUUGCGGGCAGAAUAGCUGCACGGAACUGGUCCAGCGACGCUACCUGCUCACACACCGGCAGGAGAAGUGCCAGUUUCGCUUUGUCAACUGCAGUCACUGCGGAACUCCUAUCGUCCUGCACUCAAUGCCUGAACACCAGUAUCAAUGCAGAGAAUGGCCAAUGGAUUGUCCUCAGGGCUGUGGCAUGACUGCGCUGCCCAAGAGCUUGGUUGACGAGCAUCUAGACAAGGAAUGUGUGCUGACCGUCACAAGUUGCAAGUUCGCAUUUGUGGACUGCACGUUUAAGGGUAAUCGCCGUGAUAUGGAAGAGCACUUGAGGACUGACUCCUCAUACCACCUCGUUCAGCUUGCCAACCUAUGCCAUGUCCAGCAGCGUCAGCUGUCGGAACGCUCCAAGGAGGUCACCGCGCUGCAAACGCAGCUCAACUACGUCGUGGAGCAUAUGAGAAUGCCUGGCGCGAAGGCUGCUGCGUCGUCCUCGGCUGAUCCACCUUCAGCCAGUGGGAGCAAAUCCGGCCUUGCAUCGCUCUUCUCUCGGAGAGAUUCAAGCCCGUCAAGGAGUUCACCGAGCGACCUGUUGAAGACUACUCAGGACCGAGUUAACAGUCUCGAACAGCGCUUGUACUCCCUGGAGUCGUCGCAGAGUUGCAACGGCGUGCUCAUCUGGAAGCUGGAAGAGUUUAGCAAGCAUCGACGGGCAGCUAUCAAAGGAACUAUGCGCCACAUCACGUCCGCGCCGUUCUACACCAGUCCACACGGCUACAAGCUGUGUGCGCGUGUGUACCUGAACGGCGAUGGGCUUGGCGAGGGCUCCUUUGUCUCGCUGUACACGGUGGUGAUGCGCGGCGAGUACGACUCGGUGCUGCGAUGGCCGUUCGGCGCUCGCGUCACCCUGACGCUGCUCGACCAGGGCACGGCGCAGCGACAUCAUCACGAGAAGUUCGUGCCCGACGGCCGACAGUCGUCGUUUGGCCGGCCGGUCGGCGAGGCCAACGUUGCCAGCGGCUGUCCGAAGUUCUUCAAGCUCAGCGGCCUGGAGCACUACGACUACGUGAGGGACGAUACCAUUGUGUUCAGGAUCAGGGUUGAUACCUCCAGCAUUGUCUCUGUUGAUACACCAACGUUUGCAUGACCUGCUUGAUCUACCUGCAAAGCAAAUGGAGUAAUUUUUAUCAAAUAUUUUGCUCUUCUAGGCCUAGGUUUUCCCUUUCUUGUCAAAAUGGCAUUCAAUAGUCCUUCUUGGUGUACCACAACUGCACAGUACAGCUGCGAAGAGACAACAAUCAUCGAGUAAUAAUUAUUGUUGGAAAGACUUUCUAAAGUAAAGAGUAGGGUGCUGAACGAUGUGAACGGUGCCGUCCUGGUCCCAGUGUACUCACAUGCAUUACUCACAGUCAUGCCUUCCACGUUUGCAUGGCAAUAUGCAAUGAGA